AUGUUGGAAGUGGAGAAAGAUAUUCGAGUUGUUCUCGCCAUCGACUUUGGGACGACCUAUUCGGGAUACGCGUAUGCACACGUUGAAAAUCCUACAGGAAUGAGUGUUGAAGACAAAUGGGAAGGAUAUGUAGGUCGCCUUAAAACCCCAACCGUUAUAAAGUAUACAGAUGAAACCUAUACUACUGUCGAUUCGUGGGGUUAUCCUGCAUUGGCUCGAAAACCAUCAAAAAGAGAUAAAAUAAACUCCGAAAAAUCAAAAGGAAAAGAAAAAGAAAAGCCAUCGUCAACAAAACCUGUUGAAUUGUUUAAGUUACAUUUAUCAAAAUCUUUUAAAGGAAACCUAUCUUUACCUGAUCAUUUGGAUUAUAGAAAAGUCAUAACAGAUUAUAUGAGAGAGUUAUGGAAAUCCGCUAAAAAAUCCUUGCAAACACAUUGGCAAAAUUUGAACUUUCACAGUCAAGUGUCGAUUAUCCUUACGGUUCCGGCGGAAUUUGUUGAUAAUGAAAUUUCAAUAGUACGCGAAUGCGCCUUUAAUGCAGGUUUGAUGAAGGAGAAAUUUAGUAAUAAUCUCCAAUUUACGACUGAACCCGAAGCCGCAGCAAUCCAUUGUUUGAAUUCGAUAGUAAAAGAAGAACAUAAUUUAGUGCCAGGAGAUUUGUUUAUGGUUGUUGACUGCGGCGGUGGCACAGUGGAUAUAACAACUCGUGAACUAUUGGAAGACAACAAAUUGGGAGAAGAAACGGUACGUGAAGGAGAUUUUUGCGGAUCAAGCUUCGUAGAUGAAGCAUUCCUUAGUUUUAUUGGUAACAUAACAGGAACACACGCAAUUGAUCAAAUGAAAAAAUAUCAUUAUGGUAUAUUACAAUAUAUGGUACAAGAAUUUAGAGCUGCAAAGUUUAUAUUUACAGGAGAAGAAACUGUAUUUGAACCUUACGGUUUCGAUUUGGAGGAUUUACGUGUCAUCAAGCAAUAUAUAGUAGGAGAAAAAAGAAAAAAGUUAGAAGAAAAUAAAUGGUAUAUCGAAAUUGGUUUUGAAGAGAUUAAAGAGAUGUUUGAUCCAGUUAUAGAAAAAAUUAUUCACUUGAUUAGAGGACAAUUGAAUCAAAUUGAAAAAAAUUGUUCGGCUAUGUUCCUAGUUGGAGGAUUCAGCCAAUCUCCAUAUUUACAAAGUAGGAUUAAAAAUGAGUUUCUUGGAGUAAUUCCAAGCAUUUCGAUUCCAACACUUCCUAUUGCAUCAGUCUUAAAAGGAGCUGUCUUAUACGGACUUGAUGAAAGUACAGUGGCAACUCGUAAAUUAUCGCGAACAUAUGGCACUGAUGUAGUACGAAAAUGGCAACCAACAGAUCCGUAUUCGCCAAAUGGAUAUGUUGUAGCCUUCGAAACACUUGCAAAACGUGAUAAAAAAGUAGCUAUAAAUGACAAGAUAAUUAGAAAAUUUCAACCUUUUUCAUUAUUACAACGAGAGAUAAGUUUUAAAAUAUACAUUACAAAAGAAACGAACGUAAAAUAUUGCAAUGAUGUUGGUGUGACCUUACUUAGUGAAUUGGUGAUGAAAUUGCCCGAAAAUGAAAAUGCUGAAGACGUAACCAUAGUAUUUACUUUAACUUUUGGCGGCGUGGUAAUUUUAGCUACAGCCGUAAAUCAAAAAACUCAUGAUAAAUAUCAAAUUUCAUUUAAUUAUGAAUAA